ACGGUACGCACAGCACUUGUGAGUAAUUCGUCGCUCCACGAGUGUUCAUUUCGAUAAGAGGGCCCAAGUUUGAUCUGUUGAAGCUCUCAUCGCACUACAGCGGUCGCAAAGAAAUCAGAACAUUGACCAAGAUGUCACCACAAACAAUAGUAUGGUCAUACACAUCAGGCGCAGAUUUGCCUCCACCACAAAAUUCCAUACAAGAACUUCGACAUCGAAGCACACCGGGUCCAUUGGUCCACACCAUCCCAAAAGACUCGGUUCAAACCAUGACAAAACUUGACUCCAAGUCACUGCCAAAAGAAGGAACAAUCUUCCACUCGACAAUCUCAAACCGCAAUUUCCGUAUCCUCAUCAAUACAGGAGCCCAAAAGCAAAAGCCGACAACCUUCUUGAUGCUCCCUCUUGAAGUCCGAAUUACAAUCUACAAAUAUGCCCUCGAACUAAAAGGAGUCGGAAUAACUCGAUACCACUUACGGUAUAUCAGUAGAGAACACAGGGCCCACUACAGACUACCGCCGUUGCUACGCACACACCCACAAAUGACACGCGAGAUGUAUGCUUCUUGCACUUUAAGUGUGUUGAUGGAUUACCAACGGAUCCCGGAAGAAGGGAGAGAUUGGCAGGAUGCCCUCAUCGGUAAUGAUUUUCGUGCGAACACUCAUGGAGCAGGGGUCAAGGUAUCCAGGUUCAACGAUGACAAGAACCACAAGGGCUUACUCCUGGAUAUCAAGAUCAUCUGCUCGGGUUGUGCAAUGAUAGGACCACCAAGGUGUCGUGAUUGUGAGCAAAAGUCUUGGUGGUUUGAAGGAAAGAUGACAAGGAUCUUCAAGCAAAUGAAAAGUUUGUCUCAAGUAUUAUGAGAGACAGACAGACAACAGACCAUCUAGAUAGCCAUGUACAUAAUCAUAAGUUUCUGCAUGUACAAAUACUUCGUCUUGUUUGCGAGAUAGGACUCU